AUGGGUAAAGAUUACUACAAAAUACUGGGCCUGUCAAAAGGCGCUUCAGACGACGAAAUAAAAAAGGCGUACCGUAAGUUAGCGCUAAAGUACCAUCCAGACAAGAACAAAGCGGCAGGCGCAGAAGAAAGGUUUAAAGAAGUUGCGGAAGCGUAUGAAGUAUUAUCAGAUAAGAAAAAGAGGGAAAUCUAUGAUGCGCACGGCGAGGAAGGUCUAAAAGGAGGAAUGGGCGGUCAAAAUGGACCGGGUGGUGGACAGUCCUACUCAUACACGUUCCACGGAGACCCACGGGCCACCUUUGCGCAGUUCUUCGGUUCUGCCAGCCCCUUCCAGGCUUUCUUCGAUCUCAAUGGUGGCGGUGGUGGCACUACGAUGUUCUUCGAUCGUGAUAUGGAUGUCGAUAUGGAUCCAUUUGCAAACAUGGGAAUGGGACAAGCGCGACAAGGUCCAGGUGGCGCGUUCCGUAGUCACAGUUUCAACGUCCAUGGCUCACCAAACAGGAAAGAUAAGACCCAGGAUCCACCGAUUGAACAUGACCUCUAUGUAUCGCUAGAAGACAUUGCGCGCGGUUGUGUGAAGAAGAUGAAGAUAUCCCGUCGUGUCAUGCAGCCAGAUGGUACAUCUAAAAAAGAAGAUAAGGUUCUGACGAUCCAUGUCAAACCUGGAUGGAAGGCUGGCACCAAGAUCACAUUCCAAAAGGAAGGUGACCAGAGCCGGAAUAAGAUCCCUGCUGACAUUGUGUUCAUCAUUAGAGACAAACCUAACGCACUCUUUAAGAGAGAAGGCAGUGACAUAAGAUAUACAGCUAAAAUCUCACUCAAACAAGCUCUUUGUGGCACAAUCAUUGAAGUACCAACAAUGUCUGGUGAGAAGUUGACAGUGAACCUCCAAGGUGAAAUAGUCAAACCACAUACAGUAAAACGGUUUCCAGGAUAUGGCCUACCAUUCCCAAAGGAGCCAACAAGGAAAGGCGACCUGCUUGUUGCGUUUGACAUCAAAUUCCCCGACCGCUUAAGUACGGGUGUAAAGGAAAUACUCAUGGACACAUUACCAAACUAA